GAAACUCAUCUGCUUAUGUACUGUGCGAUUUAAACAUUGCAGCGAUAUUUAAAGUUCAAUUCCACUUUCUGUUAUAAAUGACAUACAAUUAUUUACUGUACUCUAUGACCUUCAGUACAGUGUUGAAAUUUCAUGGCACCCACAUGUAGAGCAGUGAUAAUACUAGCUUUUACUCAGACAGAGUUUGGUGUUUGAAGGCUGUUGCAUUGUGAUAAAAAAAUAUAUUGCUGCUGAGUGCUGUAGAUACAAUAGAGACAGAAUAGCUGUUGGAAUUUAAAGCCCAUUGAAUCUGAACGGAUCCUGCUGAUUGGACCUGGAGUUUGGACCUUGCUGACUUGUCUACAGUCUACCAGCCACUUCAGUGUUAUUUUUGGCAGUUAGCAUUUGAGGCUAAAGCAACAGUUAGCAGUAGCAUUCAGUUUCUAGUUUUCUGCAGCUGGCUGCAGCUAUUUACUGACAUUAGUAUCAACAUUAGCCAAAGUUUAUCUUUAGCUUUGAUCACGUCACAUACUUGGCAAUACAAGCAUUAGCCCUGAGCACACGCCGGCUAGUUAACAUUAGCUGCCAGUAUGGACCGCAGUAGCUGGAGUGGCAGUGAGAGUCCAGGGGAGGACAUGGACAGACUGAGUGACUCAGGAGGGGACAAGACCAUGGAUGGGGACCCUGAGGGGGUCUGGAGCCCCGACAUCGAGCAGAGCUUUCAGGAAGCACUGGCCAUCUACCCGCCCUGUGGAAGGAGGAAGAUUAUACUGUCAGAUGAAGGAAAGAUGUAUGGUCGGAAUGAGCUGAUAGCCAGAUACAUAAAACUCCGAACAGGCAAGACGCGGACGAGGAAACAGGUAUCCAGUCAUAUCCAGGUCUUAGCCAGAAGAAAAUCCAGGGAGUUUCAGUCCAAACUAAAGGACCAGAAUGCCAAGGAGAAAGCUCUGCAGAGCAUCUCAUCCAUGUCCUCUGCUCAGAUUGUCUCAGCCACAGCCAUACACAGCAAGCUACUGCCUGGAAUAGUACGGGCCAGCUUCCCCGGCAACGCACAGCUGUGGCAGGGGAUGAUUCCUGGAGGACAGUCCAGCUCCACCGCAGAAGAUAUCAAGCCGUUCUCUCAGCAAGCCUACUCUGUGCAGACAGCAGGGACCACCACAAUCUCAGGCUAUGAGCCUCCCACUGCAGCCCAAACACACAGAGAGCCGGCAUGGCAUGGUCGCUCUAUCGGCACCACUAAACUACGACUGGUGGAGUUCUCAUCUUUUCUGGAGACACAGAGAGACCAGGAGGCAUACAACAAGCACCUGUUUGUGCACAUCAGCCAGAGCAGCCCGAGCUACAGCGACCCCCUGCUGGAGUGUGUGGACAUCAGGCAGAUCUAUGACAAGUUCCCUGAGAAGAAGGGGGGCCUCAAGGAGCUGUUUGGCAAGGGCCCGCAUAACGCUUUCUACCUGAUCAAGUUCUGGGCGGACCUGAAUCAUAACAUGCAGGACGACCCUGCGGCCUUUUACGGUGUCACCAGCCAGUACGAGAGCUCAGAGAACAUGACCAUCACCUGCUCCACCAAGGUCUGCUCCUUCGGCAAGCAGGUUGUCGAGAAGGUGGAGACGGAAUACGCGAGGUUUGAAAACGGACGUUUCGUCUACAGAAUCAGUCGUUCUCCGAUGUGUGAAUACAUGAUCAACUUCAUCCACAAGCUCAAACACCUGCCGGAGAAAUACAUGAUGAACAGUGUGCUGGAGAACUUCACUAUUCUGCUGGUGGUGAGCAACAGAGACACUCAGGAGACCUUGCUGUGCAUGGCUUGUGUGUUUGAGGUGUCCAACAACGAGCACGGAGCACAGCACCACAUCUAUCGACUCAUCAAGGAAUAACACACAUACACACACACACAGACACACACACACACACACACACACACAUACACACACACAUGGCCUUUGCUUGGUGAUUAAUGGUGACAUUGGAGGUGAAAUGUCUAAAAACUGAAUUCUACAAAAGUGUCUUUCAGCCAAACAGCUCGACUUAGUGAAGAGAGAAAAAUGGCUGCAUUUUCACUGCUGCUCACGAAAACAUCACAAUAGUGGGGUAAUUUUUAAUUAACACCAGAUAUGACACAGUAUGCCGCACAAUCCUCCCCAACAGGAGCAUUUCAACACAAAACAUGAACUCCAACCUGAAGAUCAGAUGCUCAUUAGCUGUAACCAGCGCAGUGGCAGUGCAGCCGUACAAACACUACUCAUCAGAAUCAACCUGGGUGGUUUUCCCAAGAGCAUCCUGACUCUGAUAUCACCAGAAGAUGUCAUGUCUCCUGCUAAUUGGUUUCUUCCCCUCUUUCUCCUGGUAAUUCUGUAUUUUUCAGUUCUGAUGAUGGAAAUGAAAGUGGUAUUUGUGUCAUUUGCUUUUGGGAAACUCAACCCAGGAGAAAAAAAAAACCCUAAAUCAAACAAUAUUCACCCCCCUGUGACAAAAAGUGUGUUUGUUAUCUGCCAAGAUACUGACAGACACUGAAGGUCAGACCCUGUGUAUCAUCAAUAACCAGAGAAGGAAAUAACACUACUGCAUUAUAACAUAGUUCCGUAUAGAGGUGGUUUUGUACAGAUAGCGACCGCAAAUUGUGUGAGCUGCAUUCUUGCACAUAAAAAAAGGUUUGUCCCAAAGAAAAGAAAUCAAAUUUUUACCUUUUUGUAUGUUUUCUUUAAAAAAAAAAGAAAAAAAGAAUAGCUUAUAAACUUUGGGAAAAUGAUUAUUGAUAGUAGCAUAUAGACUAUAUUUUAAUUCCAGGAACACUAUCUGAAAUGUAUGUUAAUAAGGAACUAUAAAUUAAACAAUUCAGGUACCUUUUUGUGCAACAAGUGACUCUUCAUUUAGAUAAAAAUAAAUAAGUCAAGACCGUGUUAAAGUUAUAAUCCUUAAGAUUUCUGCCCUGGUUGAUUUGGCAACACUGGUGGUUACAGGUGUUAACAGCAAGUACAGUUUAAUCUACAAGUCCUAGAAUUCUAGGGGCCGCAAGCAAUCACUUUUUAGUAAAUACAAUUACAAACUGUAGCGCUGGAUUGCACGCUGCAUUGUUUCCUGUGAAUCUCGUGCAUUUGAAUCCAAUGCGUGAAUGGUGGACUUCACCAGUAACAAUGAAAGUAUGGUAUUUAGAGAGGUAAUUACUGAAUGUAAAAACAUUAAAUGGCAAUUGCAGAAAAAAUGCAGACCAUGAAUAGUAUCAAAAACAGCGUUUGAUUUCAUGUAAAUCAAGCUCCAGUGAAACAGAAGUUAAGAGUGUCUUUAGCUUCUGUACUGUGAUGUAUUUCCCAGUGAAACAGAAUAUUUGAGCGGUGUUACAAGAGGGAUUUAAAUCAAAUCCUUCGCAUUUGAUUGGACUCCUAAAAGUGGGCGGGGCUUAGAGUUUAGCACGAUAUGGAACUGCAGAGAGAAACGGAGCUACAGAGGACUUUUGGCUCCACACACACCUCCCUCACCUGUUGUUAGAUCAAGAGGAGGACGAGGGAGAGAUGAAUGGAUUAGUCCUCAGUCUUUUCCUGUCUCUCUCCAUAUUGCUCUGUUAGCUACUACGACCCACAAAUAGUGAAGUGUGGUUUAUAUAUUACCGGUGUGGCUAGCCACUCGCCCAAAGUCACAUUUGAUUGGAUGAACUCUUGUAAACGCCGCUGAGUGCAGGAUGAGUCAUCAAACAUUUGAAACUGUUUUACAGGAAGAGAAAAGACAUUGAUGGGAUUUUGGUGUAAAAAUACUCUUGAUACAGAUUUUUUUUUUUUUUUUUUUUUUAACGUAUAUUUGGCA